AUGUCUGUACAUACAGUUUUAAACGCAGCCCCCGUCGUAAUUGGGUCAGCAAUUGACAUCACUAGUUCGAUGAGCAGUGCCGCUAGCGGCAUAGAGAUCACCAAACAGUUCUUGGGUGCUGCCAGUGCUGUUGGAGAAGCAGUGAAACCUUUUCUGCCCUUAAUCAGUGCUGUAACCCUCGUAAUAUCCGAAAUCGUCGAUAUCUACGAGACGGCGCAAUAUAAUAAGAAAAUAUGCAACUCCCUCAUGGAUCGCGUGACUGCCGCAGAAGCAGCCGUUAAAACUUUACAAAGAAGAAAGUCAGAAAAUGAAAAAAAUUUUCGCAAUCUGGAAUAUUAUAAGGCAUUCGUUCGUUUCGUCGAUGUCAUGAAAAAGAUACAAAUAUUCAUCGGCAAUGUAUCGCAGUUACAAGGUUACAAAAAGUUUAUGCAUGCUAGCUCAGUAAAAGAGAAAUUUACAUCAAUUACCGACGAAUUUGAUACGGUGAUGAGUGAUCUACAUUUUACAAUGGCCGUUGCUAAUGAAGAACAGAGGAAACUCGAUCAAGAAUCUCUGACUUCUGAUAUAGCAGAGAUGACAAAGUUCUUGGGAAGAAUUGAGGGUGGUAUCAUUGAUAACAACAACAAAAUUAACAUUGUUCUACAGGAGGUGUUGAUUAUGAAAGACAAAGUGGAACAUAUGAAUAGUGCUCAAAAUGACCCGAGUAUUUGGAACAUGAAAGCAAAUGAAAUAAAACCGGUCGAGUUAACUGAUCCCUUAAACGGAAGGUCAACUGAUCGCCGAGGAGAGGCACCUUGUAUUCUUAAGAAAAUAUACAAAGUCCAAGAGGUCGCAUGUAAACCUAUAAAUAUUCCCGAAACAGACUCGCCCGAUGCUAAGAAAAUUCAAGGACAUCUUGCCAUAUUAGGAAAAUUGAGGGAUUCACCAAAUAUCCUUAGAUUUUACGGUCUUUCAUAUGUUGAUAAUAAUCAAGUUAUGGUUUUGGAAUGGGCGGAAAUGGGUUCUCUAAAAGAAGUUUAUGAUAAAUACGACAUCGCGUGGCAUGCGAAAGUUUUGAUAGCCCUUGACAUUUGUCGAGGGUUAACGUUUUUACAUUCUUGUGAUAUCCUUCAUCACGACGUCCGAUGUCAAAACAUCAUGAUGACCGCGCGCAUGGAACCUAAAAUUUCAAAUUUCAACUAUUCUCGUAUGUCCCACGGUCCAACCUCCGAUAUGAAGCACAUAACGGACGUCGUGCAUUGGAUGGCUCCCGAGAAAUUGCAACACACUCGGGAAAAGCCUGUUUCUUAUAAUUUUAAAUGCGAAAUUUUUAGCUUCGGAAUGUUACUUUGGGAACUUGCUUUUGAAAAAGUUCCGUAUGAAAAAUGGGAUAUGAUAAAAAUAAAGGAGCACGUGUUAUCUGGAAAGAGAGAAAAAAUCAGUUGGGGUAAAGCUUCGCCAGAUAUUCAGAAACUCCAGAAGGACUAUGCAAAAAUCAUAGACGAUCCACAGAUCCGAAUAUCCCUCCAAGGAAUCUUCAUGGCUCUUGAUAAACUAGCUGAUGAACAUUGUAAAGUGGGCACCACUUCGCCUUCGCUCUUUCCAGACAAGAAGUUAGAUCUGGAUGGAACGAGUCAAGAGCCUGUACCGAUUUCCAUUAGUGAUGAUGGUGGUAUGGAAUUGCCAGAUAUGGACAUGGACUUCAGUAUCGAUUCGAUACCAACCUUGUUGUCUCUUGAGGAAGGCAUUGCAGCACACAAGAGAAAAGAAAUAAAUGUUGCCUGGGAAUGCUUCGUCGCCCAUUCAGAUUUGGGCAACAAAACCGCAAAAUAUUGGCAAGGAUAUUAUUUAUGGGAAGGAUACGUUGUCGAGAAAGAUCGUAAGAGAGCCAGCGAGUUGUUCAAAGAAGCGGCCGACGAUGGUAUUGCAGAUGCUCAAUUACGCUAUGCAUUUUCUUUGGUCAACAACCCUUCAAUAAAAUUCGACCGUCAGCUAUUCCUUGAAUAUUUAACAAAAGCUGCUGAUAAUAAUAAUCCUACGGCACAAUUUAACUUGGGCGAUUUGUACUUGAAUGGUAAACUUAAGAUACAAGUGGAUCUGGAAAAAGGCAAGAAAUACUUGAGAUUGGCGGCCCAUAAUAAUCAACCCAAGGCCAAAGAAGCUUUAGAAAAGAUGGGUAUAAAUAUUUAUGUUGAUACGGACUAA